AAUGGUAUGCACAAGAAGUCUCGGAGAUUUCUCCGUUCAGUAGACAACGAACCCUGGCUGCAUGUCGUCGUCGCUUGCAGAUCGCUCUCGCCGUCGAAGUCUUUAAGUCGUUACGCGUAGCUGAACAACAGUCUCCACAGUUCCCCUCCUCCUAUUCCUCCCCUUUUGGAGCCCAAGGUAUGUGUUGUGGUGGCAAGUUGAAAGUGGAUUACGUCGCCUCCGUGUGCUGAAUCUUGUGUGAUGUUUGUCGCGACCCUCGGCCAAAGAGAAAAGACCAAACAAGAUCAUUGCGACCGCUGGCUGACAGUGAAAGGAGAAUAGGGUCGUCGUCGUCGUGGCGGGUGAAGUCGACGCGUGGUGUUGCAGUACCUACCCAGCAAGAGCAACGAGCGCGCGCGAGCCUCCUCUAGUGGUGUGCGAAUAAUUGGAGUGCGCGCUUUGUUGAUUGGAAUAAACGGCUUCACGGAGUGGUUCGCGGAAAAGUGUUGGAAAUUUUGCGGAGUUGAAGACAUAAAAAAUUAUAUCGACAAAAGCCCGACUGUGGCGAUAGAAACGAGAGCAGUAGCCAGCCUUAUGAGCAGCGUGAUUCAAUCAUACAGCCGAUUGGUAGCAGACCAGUAGAUUUUCAGGUUUCGAGCAAACUUUUCGAGAGGCAUCCGCCGAGAGGAUGUCUGCUAUCAGACAUCGACCUCUGGCAACACAGAACGAGAGCGAUGACAACUUCACGGACGAUGAGAGCACCCCGCUGACCCAGGACAUCUAUGGCGGAAGCCAGCGAACCGUACAGGAAACCAAAGGAUGGGACGUCUUCCGGGAUCCUCCGAUCAAGGAGGACACCGGCUCCAUGGCCGACCAGGCCUGCCUGGAGCUGACGAUCAAAAUCCUGAAAAUCUUCGCCUACCUGCUGACGUUCGUCAUCGUACUGACCGGGGGUGUAGUCGCCAAGGGCUGUGUCCUGUUCAUGUCCUCGCAGCUCAAGCGGGAUCGUAAGAUCACCUACUGUAACCGGGACCUGGCCCGUGACAAGCAAUUCGUCGCCACACUGCCCGAGGAGGAACGGAUAGCGUGGAUGUGGGCGCUGAUGAUUGCGUUUGCCGUGCCGGAGAUCGGAACCUUCAUUCGAUCGACCCGUAUCUGUUUCUUCAAAUCGAUGAAGAAACCAUUCAAGUCACACUUUUUGCUCGUGUUCCUAAUGGAGUCGUUCCACACGAUUGGUUUGGUGUUGCUGUUUUUCGUCGUCCUCCCGGAAGUCGACUCGGUGAAAGGCGCCAUGCUGACCAACUGCCUCUGUGUGAUACCGGGUUUGCUCGGAAUGUUUUCGCGAACGAACAAAGAAGGCAAACGUGCUGUUAAGAGUAUCGUUGAUUUGGCAGCUAUUGCUGCGCAAAUUACCGGCUUCGUGGUGUGGCCAUUGCUAGAGAACAGGCCAGUUCUGUGGUUGAUCCCCGUGUCGGCCUUGCUGACGUCUUGUGGCUGGUGGGAAAAUUACGUUUCACCACAGAGUCCUUUCGGGUUCAUCCGAGCGAUGGGUCGAGUGAAGGAAGACCUCAAACAGACUCGCUAUUUUACCUACAUGUUCUUGUCGUUGUGGAAGGUCAUGCUGUUCUUCUGCAUCGUGUUAGUGAUUAUGUUCUUCAACGGCGAUGAAGUAGCCAACCUAUUUUCGUUGUUCGGAGUUGGGUUCGGACCGCACAAGAUUGUUGUAGAGGAAGUCGCAACGGCCUUCAGUUCAGCACUUCCUGAUCUCGUUGAAGCGUCGCAAGCUGGAGAUACCGUUGAUAUCGAUGCUUCUUACAAUACCGUUACGUAUGUUUUGAUCAUUCAGAUUUUGGGCGCUUACUUGUGCUACGUUUUCGGCAAGUUUGCCUGUAAGAUUUUGAUUCAAGGCUUCAGUUAUGCUUUCCCAGUGAAUCUAACGAUUCCGGUAGCGAUUUCAUUGUUGAUUGCCGCUUGUGGUAUUCGAAACGACGAUCCCUGCUUUUUCCACGGUUCAAUACCGGAUUACUUAUUUUUCGAAAGUCCUCCAGUGUUCCGGUUAAGUGAUUUUGCAUCACGCCAAAUGGCAUGGGCCUGGUUGCUCUGGCUUCUUUCACAAACUUGGAUUACGCUUCACAUUUGGACACCCAAGUGCGAGCGUUUGGCCAAUACGGAAAAGUUGUUCGUCACUCCCAUGUACAAUGCCUUGCUGAUCGAUCAAUCGAUGGCGCUGAACAGGAGACGUGACGAUCAGGCUGACGUUAAGACUGAAGACCUGGCCGAAAUCGAAAAGGAAAAGGGUGAUGAGUACUAUGAAACUAUAUCGGUUCACACGGAUGGAUCUGCACUGCCCCGGCCGAGUGUGAAGUCGUCCGAUCACAUCACGAGAAUCUACGCCUGCGCAACUCUGUGGCACGAAACUAAAGAGGAGAUGAUCGUGUUCUUGAAAUCUAUCAUGCGAAUGGAUGAAGAUCAGUGCGCCAGACGAGUGGCGCAGAAGUACUUGCGUAUCGUUGAUCCGGACUACUACGAAUUUGAAACGCACAUUUUCUUCGAUGACGCUUUCGAAAUUUCCGAUCACAGCGAUGAUGAUAUUCAGUGCAAUAGGUUCGUCAAAAUCUUGAUCGAUACGAUUGACGAAGCAGCCUCGGAGGUACAUCAAACCAACAUCCGGUUGAGGCCACCGAAGAAGUAUCCAACGCCGUACGGAGGUCGUCUGGUUUGGACCCUGCCUGGAAAGACAAAACUGAUUGCCCAUCUCAAGGACAAGGAUCGUAUUCGACAUCGUAAGCGUUGGUCGCAGGUCAUGUACAUGUACUACUUGCUCGGACACCGGUUGAUGGAACUGCCGAUCUCGGUUGAUCGCAAGGACGUAAUGGCGGAGAACACCUAUCUGCUCACUCUGGACGGAGAUAUCGAUUUCAAUCCAAGUGCUGUCACACUGCUGGUGGAUUUGAUGAAGAAAAAUAAGAACCUGGGUGCUGCUUGCGGUCGUAUUCAUCCGAUCGGGUCCGGUCCAAUGGUGUGGUAUCAGAAGUUCGAAUACGCUAUUGGUCAUUGGCUGCAGAAGGCUACCGAACAUAUGAUCGGAUGUGUACUUUGUAGUCCUGGAUGUUUCUCGCUGUUCAGAGGCAAAGGUCUCAUGGACGACAACGUCAUGCGGAAAUAUACGACCCGUUCGGAUGAAGCCCGUCACUACGUGCAGUACGAUCAGGGAGAGGAUCGUUGGUUGUGUACACUGUUGCUGCAGCGAGGCUAUCGUGUCGAAUAUUCCGCUGCCUCGGAUGCCUACACUCACUGUCCGGAAGGUUUCAACGAGUUUUAUAACCAGCGUCGUCGAUGGGUUCCGUCUACUAUUGCCAACAUUAUGGAUCUGCUGAUGGACUACAAGCGUACGAUCAAGAUUAACGAUAACAUCUCGUUGCUGUAUAUCUUCUACCAGAUGAUGUUGAUGGGUGGUACUAUUCUGGGCCCGGGUACGAUUUUCCUUAUGUUGGUGGGAGCUUUCGUCGCCGCAUUUAAGAUUGACAACUGGACUUCGUUCUACUAUAAUAUCAUUCCCAUAUUGCUGUUCAUGUUAGUUUGUUUCACAUGUAAAUCCAAUAUCCAACUACUGCUAGCACAGAUAUUGUCAACGGUAUAUGCAUUAAUUAUGAUGGCGGUAAUCGUCGGUACAGCGCUGCAGUUAGGCGAGGACGGAAUUGGAAGUCCUUCGGCUAUAUUCUUGAUAGCAAUGACGGGGUCAUUCUUUAUAGCAGCAUGUCUACAUCCGCAAGAAUUUUGGUGUAUAGCAUCUGGAUUGAUCUAUCUGCUCUCGAUUCCGUCUAUGUACUUGCUGUUGAUCUUGUACUCGAUCAUUAACUUGAACGUUGUCUCUUGGGGUACUCGUGAAGUUGUAGCCAAGAAGACUAAGAAAGAACUCGAACAAGAGAAGAAGGAAGCUGAAGAGGCAGCAAAGCGAGUGAAGCAAAAAUCGCUACUUGGAUUCCUUCAGGGAGGUGCUGGCUCCAAUGCGGAUGAAGAAGGAUCCAUCGAAGUCUCCAUCGCCGGAUUGUUCCGUUGUUUGUUGUGCACACAUGGCAAGACCACCGAUGAGAAAGCCCAACUGGUUCAUAUUGGAGACGCUCUGGAUUCCAUUACCAAGAAGAUCGAAAAUUUAGAAAAGCACAUCGAUCCUCAUGGACAUCAUACUCGCAAACGAACGGCAUCUGCUGGAUCACGUGAUCAUCAUCUGGGCUCGGUCGCUGAGGAUAGUGAAGAAGAGGACGAGCAAUCGGAUUCGGAGACUUCAACGCUGCAGAGAAACGAACGCGACUUCCUGACGAACCCCUACUGGAUUGAAGAUCCUGACUUGAAAAAGGGUGAAGUGGACUUCAUCUCCAGCACGGAGAUCCAGUUUUGGAAGGAUUUGAUCGAUCAAUAUCUAUACCCUAUCGACCAGAACAAAGAAGAACAGGCACGAAUUGCUUCGGACCUGAUCGAGUUGCGUAACAAGUCCGUGUUUGCAUUCUUCAUGUUCAACGCGCUGUUCGUACUGAUCGUGUUCUUGCUGCAGUUGAACAAAGACAAACUGCACAUCAUUUGGCCGUUGGGCGUCAAAACCAACAUUACCUAUGACGAAGUGACAGCCGAGGUGCACAUCUCGAAAGAGUACCUCCAGUUGGAACCGAUCGGUUUGGUGUUCGUGUUCUUCUUCGCGUUGAUCUUGAUCAUCCAGUUUACGGCUAUGUUGUUCCAUCGAUUCGGAACCCUGUCGCAUAUCUUGGCCUCAACCGAGCUGAACUGGGGUUGCAACAAGAAACCAGAGGAGCUCUCGCAGGAUGCUCUGAUAGACAAGCACGCGGUGGAGAUAGUCAAGAAUCUCCAGAGGCUUCAGGGUAUCGAUGGGGACUACGAUAACGAUUCCGGAAGCGGACCAGACCGGAUAGCACGCCGAAGAACGAUCCAGAAUCUGGAGAAGUCCCGUCAACCGAGGAGACAGAUUGGCACACUGGACGUUGCCUUCAAGAAGCGCUUCCUGAAGUUGACGGCAGAUGAGAACAACGCCGGAACACCGAUCCUGACCCGCAGGAUGACGAUGCGCCGCGAGACGAUACGUGCCCUAGAGGUGCGAAAGAACUCGGUUAUGGCCGAGCGACGCAAGUCCCAAAUGCAAACGCUGGGAGCGAACAAUGAGUACGGAAUAACCGGAGUCAAUAACACAAACAACAAUGCUCCUCAACGCCCAUUACGGACAUCCAACGCCGGUGUCAGCGUGAAGGAUAUCUUCAACGUGAACGGUGGCCCCGGAGGUGACAUCUACGGCGUUACCGGCCAGGUAAACCAAGCCUACGAACCGGUCAUCGAAGACGACGAUCGCAAUUCGCUUCGACUACAGCCGCGCAACCAGGUGACGUGGAGCAAUAGCAACGGACGACUGUGACAAAACCGGCGUACAUCCAUGUGCAUGUUACCACCGGUCGAUCCUCCGUAUCGGGAGGAAUGUGAUGUCCUAAAUCUUGAUUGACCGUCAAACGUGUUCUAGCAAUAAGAAACUGAACGUGAUGAAAAAGCAAGCUCGAUCGAUGAGACAACUGAUAAUUUAUAGCACAAUUAGCAUGUAGCUACCUAUUGCUAAAUUCGAUGAUACUUCAACUGAUUCAAACAGAUAACUGCCGACAUUUUUUUUUUCGUAAAAUAGGAUUAACACUCAUUUUGUAUUUCGAAGCCGUAUACAACCAAUCAACCGAAAAACUGCCAACUGAUAUACUCAAGGUUUUGCAUAGUGACAAAGCAAAAAACUCAACGCGAAAUGAAAUACUCAACAUAGGUUUUAUAAAUUUAGCUAUAAUGUGACGAAUUGAGAAGAACUCAUACAAACACAACUUUUAUUUUUUGUUUUGGUUAGUAAUCGUAGAGAAGACAAAAGUUAAAAAUUACCAAACGCUGCAAAAUUGAUUUCGAACCCUUUGUUAAAUAUUUAUUUUUAGAAAAGAAUAACAUCGAAUUUUAGGCCUACCUUUACCUACUGUUAAUUUCAGGAACUGUACAAAACCUAUCAGAAGUCAGAUGGGUGUAGUGCGACCACUAAAUUGUAACUUGUGUUUAUGUACAUAUGUCUCGAAAACACUUUCUUCCUUUUUGUAUGAUUUAUAUCUGUGUUUUAAAGACCUGCCUUUCCAUUAUUAGUUCAAUGUUGUUUUGUCUGUGCAAGAUGCACUAUGUAAAUCCUAAACUAUGAAUGGAGUAAAAUAAAAUCGAUAGACUUAAUAUACAGUUUUAUAUAAAUUUCUAA